AUGCUAUGCAUCGUCUUCAUUCAUGGGUUGACUGGUGAUCGUGAAGCUACAUGGACUGCCGAAGGUGCAACCGAACCCUGGCCCAAGAGUCUCUUGCCAUCCAUACUCCCAACAGCUCGUAUUCUCACAUUCGGCUAUGAUGCAUUUGUGGUUGAUUGGCAACGCCCAGUUUCAGAGAACUUCAUCGGCAAUCAUGCCUGGAAUCUGUUGACAUCUCUUUCAUCGUACCGAGAUAGCGACGACACAAAUGGACGACCUGUCAUUUUUGUCUGCCAUAGCCUGGGUGGACUAGUCUGCAAAGAUGCCUUGUUUCAGUCGAGACAACGAUCUGAGCAACAUCUACGAAAUAUUCUCGAUUGCACCCGCGGUAUUAUCUUUCUGGGAACGCCGCACCAUGGAGCUGGACUUGCCAACGUGGCUGAUGUCGUCUCUCGAUCCAUCGGUCUCCUUAAGCAGACGAAUUCAAAAAUCGUGGAUGUCCUCAAGCGCGAUUCUGAGGUACUUGCGCGGAUCCAGGAUGGCUUUCACACGAUGAUCAAGGCACACAGCACAGCAGAAACACCGCCGAUUGAGGUCACUUGCUUUUACGAGGAGCUUCCGGUGCUAGGUGUUGGCUUAGUCGUGCCACAAAGUUCGGCCAUCUUGCCGGGUUAUAUCACUAUUGGCAUACAUAGGAACCAUAUGGAUAUGACAAAGUUUGUCAAUUACGAAGAUCCCGGAUUUGUGGCUGUAUGCGGCGAGCUCCGUCGGUGGAUUAGAGAUACAGAUAUAAACCAGAGAUAUCACACCAAGCAAUCGCCAGCCAUCAAACCUUACGCUGCUUGUCAACAUGGCAAAAACGGUCGACAAUAUAAUCUGUUCGCUAAUGGCGCGCAAAGGAUUUCAGAUGGGCACUACUUCGAGGCUAAAGGAGACCAGACCUUUGGUAUGAUUCCACCUAAGGGCCAGUAA